AAGGAAAGAAGAGCGACGGGGAAACUUUUUCUUUAAAACACAAAUAAGAAAUAAAAAAGGAGCAGACCAGGAGGAGGAACUUAUUUUUUUAAAGAUGUCUAACGCGUCUGUUUUCCAGACGGAUCACUCGGGACCGACAGGGAAGUAAUUAUCUUUUCCUUCUACUUCUUUAUUUCCUUAAAACGGGAGGGAGGACGCACUUUCUUCCCCCCCCCGUCACUUUUUCCCCCUUCCACUCCUCCGCCGCGUGCGACGUCACACCUCAGGUUUAACUAAUAACGCGCGCGCGUUUUCGAGCCCGAUUUCCAUGCCCCCGGGUCUCUGCGGAGGGCAGCGGAGGAUGCCACGAUGCCCACUCUGAUCUCCCAGCUGCUGCUCGCGGUGCUCUGGCUGAGCGCGCACGGGCCGCCGCCGGCGCGGUGCACGGAGCGCGCGGCCGCCGCACGCGAGCGCUUCAAAGUGGUCAUCGCGCCGCUCAUCUGCAAGCGCAUCUGCCUGAAGGGCCGCUGCAGGGACACCUGCGAGCAGGGCAACAACACCACGCUGAUCGCGGAGAACGGCCAGGCGGCCGACACGCUCAUCGGGCAGGGCUUCAGGGUCGUUGUGUGCCCCCUGACCUGCAUGAAUGGCGGUAUGUGCAGCUCCAGGAAACACUGCCUGUGCCUGCCCAGCUUCACCGGCCGGCUGUGCCAGUUCCCGCUGCAGCAGACGCAGCAGGCCCAGGCGGCGCGGGGCAACAAGCAGCCCGUCUACCCCGCGGUGCUGAAGCCCGAAGGCCGUCACAUGGUGGAGCAGCUGAGCAUCGGGCGCACUCAGUUCACGCAGACGCACUCCGUGCUCACGCUGCCCAUGUCCCACUCAUCGGAAGUGCAGUUUAACGUUCGCGUUCACCACGCGUCGGACACCUCCGUGGUCAUUCAGCCGCUCGACCAAUCGGACGCCAAGCCUCCUCCUCACAAGACGGGGCCGCGGCAGUUCCCCGUCAGGCACAAGCCCAAGGGCCGCUGCUUCCAGGAGACCACGCCCAAGCAAGCUUGCAACAGCACGCCGCUUCCCGUCCUGACCAAUCAGGAGGACUGCUGCGGCAGCGUGGGGAACUCAUGGGGACAGAACAAGUGCUACCAGUGCCCCAAGCUACCAAAUGCAUCGGUGAAGCACACCAUCGUGGAGGACUACGGCUCCACCUGUCCACAAGGCUACAAGAGGUUCAACAGCACUCACUGCCAAGACAUCAACGAGUGCUCCAUGCAGGGCGUGUGUCAGAGCGGAGACUGUCUGAACACGCUGGGCAGCUUCAAGUGUUCCUGCAAGGCCGGGAUGGUGCUGGACCGCCGCCGAUGCGUCGAGUCCCCCGCCGAGCAGGCCCAGUGCUUCCUCAUCGCGUCCGACGCCCGCGGCUGCCAGCACGCGCUGCCCACCCACCUCACCCGGGAAAUGUGCUGCUGCACGGUGGGCAAGGCCUGGGGCCGCGGCUGUGAGCGAUGUCCUCAGGUGGGCACAGUGGCCUUCAGUAAGAUCUGCCCGGCUGGGAAAGGAUACUUCCUCCAGAACACAAGAGAGAUCGUGGCCUUCCCCCCCAUCAUCUUCCCCCGCAAGCCCGACAAGGAGGAACCAAAGUGGCCGAGGCCUCCGGAGCCCACCAGUCCGGCCCAGCAGGCUCCAACCAGCACCAGCAGCCCCCGUGUGCCCGUUGUUAGACCCACCCCGCCAGCCAUCGUCAAAAUGACCCCCGGCAACGACCCGCUGGAGACACAGACCAAAGUGCUGCCGGAGACGGAUGAGUGCCGGCUCAGCAGGAACCUGUGUGGUCACGGCGAGUGUGUGAACAGCCUGAGCGGCCACGUGUGCCACUGUCACCAUGGUUACCACCUCAACCCGCAGAGGAACACCUGUGAGGAUAAGAACGAGUGUGACUCGGAGCCGUGCGGCCACGGCCGCGGCCUCUGCGUCAACAUCGAGGGCGGCUACAAGUGUCACUGUCGCCACGGCUACAAGCACACGGUGCAGUACGGGAGGCUCAAGUGCCUCGACGUGGACGAGUGCUCCCAGCCGGUCGUGUGUGGCCCCGGGGGCCAGUGCGUGAACCUGCCCGGCUCCUACAGGUGUGACUGCCACAGCGGCUUCAGGAGCCGCUCGCACCGCCAGCCGGCCUGCAAAGACGUCAACGAGUGCCUGAGUCCCGCCUCGUGUCCGGAGCAGCAGUGUGAGAACACGGCCGGGUCCUUCGAGUGUGUCCCGUGUCUGCCGGGCCACGAGGCCCACGGAGGCACCUGCUACGACGUCAACGAGUGCCAGCAGCCGGGCAUCUGUCCCAACGGGCGCUGUGAGAACCUCCCCGGCUCUCACCGCUGCCUGUGCAACGAGGGCUUCCUCCCGUCCGCAGACAGCAGAGGCUGCAGCGACAUUGACGAGUGUGAGGACGUCCGGCUGUGUGCUUACGGCCACUGCAUCAACACGGAGGGCUCCUUCCAGUGCCAGUGCUACCCGGGAUACCAGCGCACACAGGAAGGCAGCCACUGUGAAGAUAUCAACGAGUGUGAGAGGCCGUCGAACUGCCAGAGGGGCCGCUGCAUCAACAGCAUGGGCUCGUACCACUGCGACUGCCCCACGGGAUACACGCUGGUCGGGGGCCGGAGAUGCCAAGAUGAAGACGAGUGCGCCGCAGACAGAAGCCUCUGCCAGCCCUUCGGCUCCUGUGAGAACCGACCGGGCUCCUACGCGUGUUCCUGUAACCACGGCUUCGUCCUCUCAGAGGACAAACACAGCUGUGAGGCGGUUCGAAUGCUGACGGACGAGAAGAAGGAGUGCUACCUGAACCUGGACGACACGGUGUUCUGCGACAGCGUCCUGGCCACCAACGUCACCAAGCAGGAGUGCUGCUGCUCCAUCGGGGUGGGCUGGGGGGACCACUGUGAGAUCUACCCCUGCCCCGUCGCCCAAUCAGCCGAGUUUCACUUCCUGUGUCCUAACGGCCAAGGCCUCUACUACGACGAAGGCCUCCUGUACAGCCUGCCCGUCUACCACGAUAUCGACGAGUGUUUUUUGUUCGCCGACGAAAUCUGCAAGAAGGGUCGCUGUGAGAACACGCAGCCGGGCUACGAGUGCUACUGCCAGCAGGGCUUCUACUACGACGGCAACCUGCUCGAGUGCAUCGACGUCAACGAAUGCCACGACGAGUCGCUGUGCGCCAACGGCCGCUGCAUCAACACCGAGGGGUCCUUCUACUGCAACUGUGACCGGCCCUGGACCCCGGACACCCACAGCAAGAAGUGUGAGAUCGCCACGGUGGCGGACGAGAACGAGUGCGAGGACCCGGCCAACUGCGGCCACGGCCACUGCGUGGACACGCCGGGCUCGUACUACUGCAUCUGCUCGCCGCCCUGGACCCUCGCCAUCGACCGCAACAGCUGUAUGACCCCCGAGGAGCAGGCCGAUGUGAACGAGUGCCAGGACCCGUCGUACUGUAAGAACGGGCGCUGUGAGAACACCCCCGGGUCCUUCCACUGCUUCUGCGACCCGCCGCUGACCUUCAGCGCGGCGCUGAAGCAGUGCGUCUACGACGAUCGCACCGCAGCCCACAAGGACGUGUGUUUCCUGCGAGUGGACGAGGGCCUGAUCUGCAGCGAGCCCCGCAACGGCAUGGUGGUCACCUAUUCCGAGUGCUGCUGCCACUACGGCCGCGGCUGGGGGCCCGAGUGCAACACCUGCCCGCCGCGCCACUCAGAGAUGUUCAGCCGUCUGUGUGAGAUGCAUCUGGAGACGGAGUCGGACGGCGAGCAGGACUUCCUGGCGGCGUUCGCCAACUACAACCCGGGCGACAGCUCGGAGGAGGACUCAGACGAGUGCAGCUGUGCUAACGGCCGCUGUGUGCGCUCAUACCUCGGCACGAUGUGUGAAUGUGACGCCGGCUUCAGACUCGACCACUCACGAACACGCUGCAUAGACAUCGACGAGUGUGCGGAGCCCGGCGCUCGUGCGAGUCCGUGUAAGAACGCUCGCUGCGUGAACACGACCGGCUCCUACAAGUGCUACUGCAAGCACGGCUUCGUGGCCACGCGCCGGCCCAACACGUGUUUGCGGCGCCGGACCCGGUGACCUCCGUGUGCCACGCACACACACACACACACACACACACACACACACACACACACACACACACUGUCCCAACAGCAAACGUGGGGCCCCCCGUGAACCCCGGGAACCAAACUUUAUCAGCGGCUCAUAUUAAAUGUACAAAACAUUUUUGGAUGCCUGCUCCUCUUUCAUUUCACAUUUAAAGAAAUAAUCAAGACACAACAAGGAAUAUGUUUAUUUUAUUUGUUUGUUAAACAUUUUUGUAAUUUUUUAUUUUAUUUUUGUACCGUUUUUUGUUGUUGUUAAGUUUAAAUUGUGCAUUAUUUUGUAUUUUCCUCGCUCUCCCUGUUGCGUUGAUCUCUUAUUCUCAAUCAGACGCAAACUCUUGUUUAAAUACGGAAAUAUGUUUAAAGAAAUAUAUCUGGUAUUUCUUUUUUCUAUUUCAGCCCUUUCAAUAUUAAAUAUAAUAUCUCUAGGAAAGAGAACUUUCACACAUUGCCGUAUUUCCCUUAACAUUGCCUUCUAAGUUGUUUUUAUAUUUAAUUAAAAUUUACGUCAUCUGAUAUUAUAAUUUUCUAGCCACACAUUGUUGAUUUUAUGUUAUUGUACAGUUUCUCCGAUGGAUCAACGACUUCUGCAAGAACGGCUCUGUCCCCCUUCUUUAUUUGUUUAUGUAAAAUAUGAGAAACCUGAAGUUUUUGUAUAAUUUGACAUGUUGCACCUAAGUGACUUUAAGCUAGAAAAAAAAAAGGUAAAGCACUUAGCGAUGAAUAUAUUGGGAAUAUCUGCUAAAUGUAGCUUAUUCCAGAAAAACCAAGAAAGUGUGACAUCUCUUGUCGUGAUUGCUGCAUCAAAGUAUUUGGAGAUGAGGUAUGAGAAGAAUAUGAAUUAAAACAAAGAUGUCAGUCGGUCA